UUGACGAAUCCGACAGGAUAAUGGAAAUUUGUAUGUACGAAAGCUGCUCGUGCUGAACAUAAUCAGCGAAAUGAAUGAAAAUGGGCAAAUUUUGUAAACAUGUAUACUGGAAGCAUGUGGAACAGUGUGUGGGGAUGUGGAGAAGGAUAGGUGAGAAAGAUUUUGACUUUUUUAUUUGGUGUUGGUGUAAUUGCAUUUAAGUGUUUUAUAGAUGUGCUAUGCGGCUCUAGCUUAUGGUUGGUACAUCAACUUGCUGCCAUGGAUGACUGAUGGAGUACGUUGACAAUUACUUAGUAGGACUAGGUAAUAUGCUGAUGAUUCAGCCAUGAAUGUCUCACGUGCAGAGAUGGGAGGGGCGCCGGCUGAGGGGGACUGGCGUGAGCUCGACACGACGCCGGAGUUUCGCGAGUUUGUCGGCAAGAAGCUGGACCAGCUGGUGAGCAGCAUGAUCAAGGAGAAGGACCGGUGCAAGCACCUGCGGCCGGCGCCGGUCGAGGGCGAUGUGCGGCUGUUCGCCGGCGCUCCGCCGCUGCAGGUGGCCGAGGAGGCCGCCCCGGAGCCCCCGCCGCCGGCCAAGCGGCCCAGACUGAGCGGCGUCGAGCUGCAGCGCUACCAGCUGAAGAAAAAGGGCCGCCGCGAGCGGCAGCCGGCCGCCCCUGGCGCGGUGCCUCCGCCGUCCGGGGGUGACGGGCUGGUGUCAGAGUCGCCAGACAGCGGCGGCGGGGCGGUGCCGGCCGCCGGGGGCAGUGGAAAGCACAGUGACAGUGACAGUGACGACGACCUGGCCAGGUUCGCCGAGGCCGCCGUGCCCGCAGACUUCAUGAAGUCACUGGCAAAAAGUAAAACAGUGAAACUGGGUACAGCGUGACGAUCGCAGUGUGAUUUGUAGAUAGGGUCUGUUUUGUAUGUGUAAAUAUCGCGAUGCGUCGUGUUUUUCCGUAAACAGUAGAGAAGUGGCGUCUUUGUUCAACGUGCAUCUCCCUUUGUUCGAAUAUAUGCAUGGCCAUUUUUAUAUUUUACGAUGUACAUGCGCUUUACCAACUUCUCAUACCGGAUCGAUUUCGUCAGGUGAUUGUGCUUCGAAAAUGCUUCGCUCGAAGGACACAACUGAUCAAAAACAGGUAUAAAAAGCUAGGCUAGCGACAUUCCUCAUCUAACUACAUAUAUAAUUAACCGUAAGCCCUGCCUAUCAUCAAUCGGAUUAAAUACACACGUUGCAUGUGAUGCGAUAUACACGGAUCGUUAUUCUAGGGCCGUGGAUGAUCUAACUACACUCACCAUUACCGAGUCAUUGUCAUUCAGUGCACGGCUGUUUUGUGAUUCCCGCUCCAGAGAGGGGCGGCCCGGUUACGAACUCCGUUCCGUCGCUAUGGAUUCCCGAUCACCGGCCGAUCCUCGCUGAAAGAUGAAUGCGGCCGUGACUGUGGCUCGUUACUCGCUCGUCAAUAAUGUGACGAGUGUCGGUGGGUCGCGAUCGGUCGGCAGCGGCCGGCAGUCGCCGCGCGGAGCUGGUCGCGCUCCGUCCGCCCUGCAGCCGGCGUCAUGGCCCAGGUGGCUGUGUCUGUGACGGCGGCCAGCGGGCAGCCGGUGACACCGGCGGCCGACCGGGCUCGACGGCCCCGCCGGCUGGGCUGCUGCGGCCGCCGCCGGCCGCUGGCAGACCCGGAAUCUGCCGAGAAGAGCGGCUGCCGCCCGCCGCCGUGGCGCAGCUCGCUGCUGAUCGGCGCCAUCAUCGUCACCGCGCUGGCAGUCUGCGUGCUGGUGCCGCUCACUCUGGACGAGGGCGUGCGGCCGCUCUUCUCGGGCAGCUACGCGCCGGCCACGUGUCACGUGGCCAGCGUGGUCGCCUCUAACGGCACGUGCUCGUGCCGCCUGUGCCAGACCGAGCGGAGCUCGUGUCUGGCGUUCACGGCUCACGUGGCGUACGCGUCGCACCUGAUGCUGCGCCGCCGCAACGGCUGGGACGUGGAGCACGCGCUGCUCUCGGCCGGCCCGGAGCGCUGCCACGCCUGGCUGGCCUGCGAGCAGUUUCUGCGCGAGACGGCGGUGCUCGGCAGCAACCUCAGCUGCCUGGUGCGCCAGGACGAGGACGGCGCGCUGGCCGUGCCGCGCCAGCAGCACGGCCGCGCCGCCUGGCUGUUCCUCCUGCUGCUGCUGCCGCUGCUGGUGCUGGCCGCCCUGCUGGUGGCGCUCUACUGUCAGCUGUGCGGCCCGCCGGCGCGCCGCAGGCGGGCGGUGCGCGCGUGGCGCCGCGCCGCCGCCCAGGUCCGUCAGAGGCAGCGCAGCUACGGCCGGUCGGGCGGCGCGCCCACCCCCGAGGAGGCGCCGCCGCCGCCGCCAAUGCCGCCCGUGGCCACCCGUCCUACCCUGCUGCCGCCCAUCAACGUGGUGGCGAAACGAGAGUGAGCACUCGGAGGCAGAGCCAGCGAGCGAGAGCCAAGAACGCACCAUGUCAGGGGAGAGAGUCACAAGGUGACACUGUAAAUAUGUACCACUUGAAGCGUCUCAUGCCUUCAAGUUGUGCGCAUUAGCUGGGCGGGAAACACCGUCAUUGUUAUUUCAGGACGCAUUCUUAAGUUCCUAUGUGCGUGGAAGACCCACAUCGGUGUGACCCAGAUGGUUCGUAAGUCGUAACCGUUUUCAACUUGUAACGUGAUGUGUGCCAGCGCAACCCAUAACUUACGAAUAAAU